AUGAACCUCUUCGGCGGAAACUCUAAGACAGCAGACUACCUGGUCACCGGAGCGUGGUCCGCAAAAGCCCUGGCGGAAGCCCGAAAGUACGGUGACUGCAGAGAAGUCUGCCCUCGGGAUGAUGAGUUUAGGGGUAGGCAUUUUUUUCUUCUUCUUCCUUUCACAUUUGGUCGGCUCUGUUUGAUGGCAACAGCAGGAGGAGUGAGAAAUGCGAUUUAA